GCGUGACCUAGGGGCGCAGGCGCAGUGCGACUUCGGGGGCGCGGGCUGCCCCCUCCGCGGGUUUGGAUCCGGGUCCGUCGGGCGCUGCGUUCGAGGAGAGGCGAUCGGAACCGUAGAGACUGGGUCUCCGGAGCGCCCCAGCUGCGAGGAGUAUUAACGGGACCAUCCAUAGUAGUGGGAAAACUUGCACAAUGAAAUCCGAAGCCAAGGAUGGAGAGGAGGAGAGUCUACAAACUGCUUUCAAGAAAUUAAGAGUGGAUGCAUCGGGGUCCAUAGCAUCUCUGUCUGUCGGAGAAGUCCCAAGUGUCAGAGCGUCAGUCAGAACAGCAGCAGAUGAUGCCAAACCUAAAACCACAUGUGCAUCUAAAGACAGUUGGCACGGGUCUACAAGGAAGUCUUCACGAGGAGCAGUGAGAACCCAGCGUCGACGACGUUCUAAGUCUCCUGUCCUUCAUCCUCCCAAGUUUAUACAUUGCAGUGCAGUAGCUUCUUCCAGCAGCCAGCUCAAGCACAAAAGCCAGACUGACGCCCCUGAUGGCAGCAGUGGGCUGGGAAUUUCAACCCCUAAAGAGUUCAAUGCAGGAGAAUGCUCUACUUCUCUCGAUGCUAAUCACACAGGGGCAGUUGUUGAGCCUUUGAGAACUUCGGUUCCAAGGCUCCCGGCAGAGGGUAAGGAGGAAGACUCCUCUGAUGCUGCUCAAGUCUCCCAAGCACGUCUCAAGGCCAAUGAUCUCUCUGACUUUCAAUCUGUUUCCAAACUAAACCAGGGCCAGCCAUGUGCGUGCCUAGGCCAGGAGUGCCAGUGUAAGCGGUGGCACGACAUGGAAGUCUAUUCCUUUUCAGGCCUGCAGAAUGUCCCUCCCUUGGCCCCAGAACGAAGAUCCACGCUUGAGGACUACUCUCAGUCUCUUCACACCAGAACUCUGUCUGGCUCUCCCCGCUCCUGUUCUGAGCAAGCUCGAGUCUAUGUGGAUGAUGUGACCAUCGAGGACCUGUCAGGCUACAUGGAAUAUUACUUGUAUAUUCCCAAGAAAAUGUCCCACAUGGCAGAAAUGAUGUACACCUGAUAGCAAGAAGCUCACUAACCUGCUUUAAACCAAUGAAGGGUUGUCAGAGAGGUUUAGUUAAUGGCAGACCUGGCAGCCACUUUGUGUCAGAAGACAUCUCCUUCUGCUCACUGUGCUUGCAAUAAAAACUUUUCUUGGCAUCUCAGUUAAUCUUCAUUCUUUAAACUUACUCUGAGUUCUUACAUACCCACAAAGGCAAGCAGAUCAGAGGAAAAGCUCUUUUAGAAAUGCUCCUGGGGGAUGAAGAAACCAUAAUUACUUGACUGGUAGCAGUGGGUAUAUGGUGAAAGCCUUGCAAAAUAGUACAUUUUUUCAGAUCUGUUUGAGAAUUGGUGACCAAGGAAAAUGAAAUGUGUUUUUGUAACCGGACUGAACAUUUGUCAUGCCGUAGUUGCCAGCCCAGAAUUUUAGAAGUUAUAUGACUGAUUUAAACCAUCUCUGAUUUAACGCAAAAUUUAUUGUGUCUUUAAAGUUUCUUACGUUAUUGUUAAGCCAGAGAUCUAAAGUUUAGAUUCAACAUGAAUAAACUAGCUGGCCUGCC